CAAAGCAUUUGUGUAGACUCAAUAUUCAUAGCCACCUAUAUUGACUGUGAUCAGUGAUUAGUUGUGUAUAAGAAGAUGAAGAUUUGAGUUACAGAAAUCCCCCAUUUCAAUCACCCAAAAAACUCUUCUUGGGAACUAGCAACAGCUCAAGGACACACCAGCAGUUUGAAAACAUGUUUGACCUUUUUUAUCAAUCCAGAAGAAUUGUUCUGGUAAGAUUGCUGGCUGUGUGUCUCUUUGUUUCAGUACUAAGUACAGUUCCAUUAGCCGAUGCGAGAAUUCGUAGAUACAAGUGGGAGGUGAAGUAUGAGUACCAGUCUCCUGAUUGCUACAAGAAACUGGUUAUAGCCAUUAAUGGGAGAACCCCAGGACCCUCAAUCAUAGCACAGCAAAAUGAUACAAUCAUAGUGGAGCUAAGGAACAGUUUGUUAACUGAGAAUGUCGCGAUCCAUUGGCACGGGAUCAGACAGAAAGGAACACCUUGGUUUGAUGGAACAGAAGGAGUGACUCAAUGUCCAAUUUUGCCAGGAGACACCUUCACAUACCAGUUUGUUGUUGACAGACCAGGGACAUACCUGUACCAUGCACAUUAUGGUAUGCAGAGAGAAGCGGGGCUGUAUGGAUCAAUCCGCGUAUCACUUCCUGAUGGAGAAUCCGAGCCAUUUUCGUAUGACUUUGAUCGAAGUAUCAUCCUUAAUGAUUGGUACCACAAAAGCGCAUAUGAACAAGCCACUGGCUUGUCCUCCAUUCCCUUUGUUUGGGUCGGAGAGCCUCAGUCACUCUUAAUACAAGGAAGAGGAAGGUUCAAUUGCUCUUCUCCAAGUGUAGAACCCAGUUCUUGUAACGCCACAAAUCCGGAAUGUUCCCCCUAUGUACUGACAGUAGUUCCAGGAAAAACAUAUAGACUGAGGAUUAGUAGCCUCACCGCGCUAUCAGCUCUUAGUUUUGAAAUAGAGGGUCACAACAUGACAGUGGUUGAAGCUGAUGGUCACAAUGUAGAACCAUUUGUUAUGAAGAACCUAUUCAUUUACUCCGGUGAGACAUACUCUGUCCUCAUAGAAGCCGAUCAAGACCCUUCGCGGAAUUACUGGGCAAGUGUAGCAGUUGUUGGCAGGAACAGGACAACUCCAAAUGGCUUAGCCAUUUUCAAUUACUACCCAAAUCAUCCUAGAAGGUCUCCUCCAACAGUUCCACCUCCGGGCCCUAUUUGGAAUGAUGUCACGCCAAGAAUCGCUCAGUCUCUUUCAAUCAAGGCGCGAGAAGGUUACAUUCAUCCUCAUCCUCUAAAACCAGAUAGAGUCAUUGUGUUUUUAAACACACAGAACAAGAUCAAUGGCCACAUUAGGUGGUCCGUCAAUAAUGUCUCUUUCGAACACCCCCAUACGCCAUACCUAAUCGCGCUAAAGGAGAAUUUGUUACAUGGAAUCGAGCAGAACCCUCCUCCUAGUGGCUAUGAUUUCGUGAACUAUGACAUUUUUAGUGUCGCGAAGAAUGUGAAUGCCACGACUAGCAACUCCAUCUAUAGGCUGCAGUUUAACACAACUGUGGACAUCAUUCUUCAAAAUGCAAACACAAUGACUCCAAACAAUAGUGAGACACAUCCAUGGCACCUCCACGGGCACAAUUUUUGGGUACUCGGAUAUGGCACAGGCAAAUUUGACAUGUACAAUGAUCCAAAGAAUUACAAUUUGGUUAAUCCAAUCAUGAAGAACACAGUGCCUGUUCAUCCUUAUGGGUGGACUGCUUUGAGGUUUCGCACUGAUAAUCCAGGUGUGUGGGCUUUCCAUUGUCAUAUAGAGUCUCAUUUCUAUAUGGGCAUGGGUGUUGUGUUUGAAGAAGGGAUAGAGAAGGUGGGACAAUUGCCAACAUCUAUUAUGGGAUGUGGUGAGACCAAAGGUUUCCAAAGGCCUUAACGUUUUUUUAAUAUGUUUCAUAACUGUAAAAUAUUUUUUUUCACACCAUUUUGUGGAAUGAUUCUUGUGUGGGAAGCACAAUUUUUCAAAAUGGGUGUCACGCUUUAUACGUGUUCCAAUUCCGCAGGCGCUUUCACGCUUUAUCGUAGCACUGUGAUUUAGAUUUUGUUUC